AUGGUGGCAUUGUCUCUCGUCGCGACGGUCCCCAGCGGCCAGGCACGCGGCGGCGCGGGUCUGAGCAGCCGCGACGACGACGCAGGGAUAGGCAGCGCAGGGAUAGGCGGCGCAGGGAUAGGCGGCGCAGGCGGCGAAGGGAGCGAGGGAGCGAUGCGCGGAGGAGCAGGCAGCGAAAGAGUGGGGAGGGUAUUAGAAAGCAAGGGGGGCGGUGGCGGGACUCCCGCUGGACGCGGCUUUGAGCUGCCGGAUCCGCCGUCCAGAUUCGAUGCAUCUGUGGCGUGGCGCCACACGCUGUACCGCACGGCUGACUCGUGCUGGAGCCAGCAGGAGCGACACCUGUACCACACGGCCAACACCGCCCCACCCUCCAACGCAUUCUUGAGCGCAGUGGAGGCCUUUGAGGGAAUGCAGAGGGAUUGCGUGGCGCAGGGCGCAGAGCAGUGGGCGUGGGUGGGCAACAAAGGAAAAUGGAGCAAGCACCUGCCACGUCAUGGGCCUGGCAGGGAGCUAUGCCGCUACAUUGUGAUAGACGACAUGAAACGAGUGUUUGAGAAGCCACGGCUGCUGCUCACCAGCAUGGCUAUGCAGCUGAAGGCGACGCAGGGAGGGGCACUCACGGACCUGCCAUGGCAGGUGGUCAGCAAAGGCGCAGUGUGGAUGGACCUGUAUCGCAGGACGUGGAACGUGUUCUGCAGCGACCUGUGGAGCACUGCUGCUGUCGCGCCCUUCUGGCUGGCCGGCAUCGAUUCUUACACCAAGCCAGCCUGCACUACAUUCCAGAGUUCGCGCAUCCAUGCGUACGUCAUCCCAGAGGACCGUCUACGCGAGUUGUUCCCUGACGGCCGUGCCUUCACCCACGCGGCGCGCCUCUUGAUGCAUCCCGACAACGAGCUGUGGGCGCAGAUCACCACCGCCUUCCAUGCCAACCUCGCCCACUUCUCCCACCGCCUUGGCCUGCAGAUCCGCUCGCCCGAUGGCAUCCAUCUGCCCCUCUCGGCUCGCAUCCUCCAGUGUGGGGCUGCUGUGUCGCACUACCUGCCUUACACACAGCCGUACUCACAGGCUCUUCUCGAGUCCGUCAAUAAGGAGCCCUCGCACGCGCCGCACAUGACGAUGGGGGUGUUUGUGUCAUCCUUAUCGCUGCAACACAUGUUGGAGCUGCAGGAGCACUACACAUACCACAUGCCCAUCGGCAACACACUCGUUGCCUUCUGGUCGCUGACGGGCGAGGAGGUGGAGAACAGGAAGGAGCAGCACCUCGUUGCCACUGUCAUUGAAAUAUGGCUCCUCAGCUUCUGUGACCGCCUGCUCAUAACGCACCUGUCCUCAUUCGGCCGUGUGGCAGCGGGUCUGGCGGGCAUAGAGGCUUACUCCAUGGCCAUCACAGUCGUCAACAUGCGCCACGUGGACUGGCGCACCUCGCCUGGGCCUGUGUGCGAGCACGUGCCUUGUGAACCCUGUGACACCGGUGGAGGGAACGUGAAGUGGUCGGGGUGUGGUUGGGACUUCAACCUCAGCAGGCUGGCACAUGGGUGGGAACGGCCGGCUGGGUUUGGCAUGUGUGCCGGCUUUCAGUUCUGCCUCACCCCAUUGGCGUCCCAACCGCCACAAUGA